AUGUCCAUCCCACAGCUCCAACAAGCCGCCGUGGUUGAGAACCCCGGAGAGAACUUUACAGUUGUCUUACGCGACAAUGUACCGGUCGGAAAUCCAGGUACAGACGAGGUUCUCAUCAAGUUAAACUGCACAGGCAUCUGCCACUCAGAAGUCCGCGCUGUACUUGGCUGGGGUGUCUACAACUCCAUCAUUGGCCAUGAAGGCGUAGGAACUAUCGUCAAAGCAGGUCCUAAUGUCUCGCCAUCCUUAAUGGGACAGCGCGUGGGAUUCAAGUGGCUGUACAACGCCUGUACGGAAUGUUCCGUUUGUCGACGAGGCUUCUUCCAGAAUUGUCCGAAGCAACUAAACACCAGUCGACAUGUUCCUGGUACAUUGCAACAGUAUGCUAUCGCCGAUGCUCGGUUCCUCACUAAGAUUCCGGACGGGGUCCGUGAUGAAGUUGCUGCUCCGCUGUUGUGUGCCGGUCUCACGAUGGCCGGUGCAUUGGCCCACCUGGACAACGAGCUACAGCCUGGUGACUGGGUCGUUAUCUCCGGCUCUGGUGGUGGUCUGGGUCAUAUCGGCGUUCAACUUGCCGCCCGUGUCAAAAAGCUUCGAGUCAUUGCAGUGGACAGUGGUGAUGAAAAGAGAGGCCUCAGUCUCUCCUCUGGUGCAGAGUUCUUUAUCGAUUUCAAGACCGAAGAUGUCGCAAAGCGAGUUCUCGAGCUCACGGAAGAAGGUGCUCAUGCGACGAUAGUUGUGCCCGGCGAGAAGGAGGCCUUCCAAAUGGCACCAACUUUGGUCAGGAAUAUGGGCCACAUUAUCUGUGUUGGUCUUCCACGAAAUGAUAUCGAGCUCCCCAUUUCGGCCACUCUCUGUGCUGCUAGAGGGCUUACCAUCAAGGGUUCCUCGGUAGGAUCUGAGGAGCAAAUGACGGAGCUAUUACAGCUCGCUCUCGAUGGGGUAAUCACUCCUGCGAUUGAGGUGUUUGACUUUUCUGAAGCACCAAACCUCAUUCGGCAAAUUACCAAAGAUGCAAUUUUAGGGAGAGCAGUUGUUACAAUUCCGUAG